AUGCACUCCAAAGGCAGAUUGACUCCACCAAAAUGCCUUCCGAGGCAUGGAGUUGUUCAUAACACGCCACUCCGAAGGCAUAACAACUCUGAAGCAAUGCCGCAAGGCACGAAGACACACGCCUAUCACCGUUGGGUUUGGCUCGAAGAUUUAUGCCCCCGAGGUAGGAGAUCACUCAUAAAACGCCACUCCGAAGGUAGAGUGACUCCACAAAAUGUCUUCGAAGGCAUCGAGUUGAUCAUAACACGCCACGUCGAAGGCAGAACAACUCCGGAGCAACGCCCCAAGGCACGAAGACACACGCCUCCUGCCUUCGGGCUUGGCACGAAAAUUUCGCUCAUAAAACGCCACCGUGAAGGCAGAGCGACUCCAUAA